AUGGCUCGCGUUUCCAAGGUCGCCAGUCUGCUGUGCGUCGGAAUCGUCCUGCUCGCUUACGCCCUCACUCCUGCCAACGCCGUUCAGGCUAACUCCGCCGACCUGAGUGGCGAAGGCACGUGCUACCGCGACUUCCAAGGUCGCUUCCGCGACAGUCCUUAUUUCGGCAUGGUUGCGCAGGGCGGCUCCGUGAAAGUGCGAGCGAUCGGGCAGGCCGGCGAGAACUUCAACCUCGAUACUCCCGCGUGGAACAAACUCGUGGGCGGCCAGGGCGGGCAAGUGGAGGUCACAUACGAUCCCGUGGAUUGCUCUAGCAGCGGUGGAAUGGCGGUGAGACUCGUGCCCGAUGCCAGCAAAUACAACUUCGCCCUUCAGAUUUUCGGAGCGGCGAGGCGCGGACGAGUGGAGAAGGUGGAGAUAUCCAAGGACGGGAAAGAGUGGAAGAGCAUGACGAACAACGGAUGGGGCGCGACGUGGGUGCUGAAUCCCGCCACGGGCGUCGUGGAUGCGGGGCGCGCGGUGAGCGUGCGCGUGUCGGGCAGCGGGAAGCAGGUGGUGCUGGGCGGCGUGAUCCCGAGCCAGUGGAGCGCUGGGCAGAUCUACAAGAGCAGCAAAAACUUCUAG